AUGACCAUGAAGAAUGAUUUGAGUGAAGUGUUGGAACUUGAAAACAAAAUAAUGAACCAUGACGCUUACGGAAAGCCGUACAAAUGGUCUCCUAGAGAUUUCGAGCUAGGUUCAGCAUUAGGACGAGGGAAAUUUGGACAUGUACACGUUGCUAUAGAAAAGAAAACUGGCUACAUGGUCGCUAUCAAAACUUUAUUCAAGUCACAGAUUGUAAAGUCAAAAUGUGAACGACAAGUUAUGCGUGAAAUUGAAAUUCAGUCUCACUUAAAACAUCCAAACAUUUUACGUCUGUUGAAUUGGUUUCAUGAUGAGAGACGCAUUUACCUUGUUGUAGAGUUUGCUGCUGGUGGAGAAUUAUACAAACACCUCACAAGCGCACCUAAAGGCCAUUUUACAGAAGCAAAGGCUGCUAAAUACAUUUAUCAAGUUGCAGAUGCAGUUGAGUACUGUCAUCAACGCCAUGUUAUACAUAGGGAUAUUAAACCAGAAAAUAUUUUAGUUGCCUUCAAUGGUGAUCUCAAACUUGCUGACUUUGGCUGGUCAGUGCAUGCUCCUUCAGAAAGACGGAAGACAAUGUGUGGAACCUUAGAUUAUCUCCCACCUGAGAUGAUAAGAAGAGAAGUUUAUGAUGUAUCAGUUGACCACUGGUGCAUUGGAGUAUUAUUAUACGAGUUCCUAGUGGGUAAACCGCCAUUUGAGAGUGAAGGCCAGGACAAGACAUAUUCAAGAAUUCUUGCUGUAGAUAUGACAUACCCUGAACAUGUCUCAGAAGGUGCUAAGGAUCUAAUAUCUAAGCUUCUCCGUUAUCAAAGCAAAGAAAGGUUAUCACUGGAUGCUGUGAAAAAACAUUAUUGGGUACAACAGUUUAAAAAUAAUGAUCAAUAA